AUGAGUGCAACAAAUAGCAGCAGCAGCAACAACAAUAACAACAGCAGCAACAGCAACAGCAAUGGCAAUGAGCGCGAGCGGGAGCAACAGCCGCGACCAACAGCAACAGCAAGCAGCAGCAACAGUCGUCAAUUUCAGCAGCACCACCACCAGCCCAGCAACAACAAUCACAACAACAGCGAGAGCAGCAACAGCAGCAGCCUUGUGGUCAGCGGCAUUGCCGCCACUGGCAACAUCAACAGCAGCAGCAGCAGCAGCUGCAAUCAGACGGCUGCAACAAUAACACAGAGCAGCAGCAACAACAAUCACAUCUAUGUGAAUCCGCACAGCUAUGAUAGCAACAGCACCACCGGCACCGGCACCGGCAGCGGCAGCGGCAACAUUAGCGGCUCCACGGCGAUCAUGUUGCCGCUGCCGUUGACAUUGCAAUUGCUGCCCGACAGCAAUCAGAGCAGCAGCAAUGGCUUGAGCCUGGGCGCCAUCAGUCGGCCGGGCACGACGUCAACGCUGAGCACGCUGAAUACAUAUCUGUUUCCGUGUGGCGCCGACUCGGCCGGCACCAUCGGUGGCGGCACCUUUAACGGCAGCGCCAGCUGUGAUCUUGACAGCAACUUUAGUCAAAUGGUUGCCGGCGGCAGCGAGGCGGGCAGCUCAUCCGCGCACAGUCCCUGCCCGCUGCCCUUUGGGGGCGUCGCUUUUGGUGGUGGUGCAUCAGCAGCUGCUGGUGGUGGUGGUGGUGGUGGUGGUGGUUUGGGACUCGCUGUCAACUUUGGCGGAUUCAUCAAUAAGCGGCGCAUACGCAAAUUGUUUGGCGUUGGCGGCGCAUCCAAUGGCUUUGGGCCCUAUGGCGUGGCGCUGCGGCGGCGCAGCUCGCAUCUGGUGCAGUUCCACAAGAAGAAGCAGCAGCUGGAGCAUUUGGAGCAGCAGCAGCGCAUAGCGACAGUUGCCUCGGCUAAUGCGGCCUUUCUGGAGCGCCGGGAGCAGCAACAGUUGCAGCAACAGCAGCUGCAGCAGCAGUUGCAGCUGCAACAGCCGGCAAUGCUGCAGCUGCAACAGCAGCCGGAAAAGAAGAAGAAAAAGAAACCACCCGGACCGCCGGCCCAGGUGCGGCAGCAGGCAUCACGCACCAUGGACGAUCCGCUGAUGAAUCGGCCGCGCAAGAGCACGCCGCAAGCCAACAAGAAGAAGGACAAGGAGCGCGACAAGGACAGGGACAGGGACAGGGACAAGUACAAGGACUAUGGCUAUGAGAAGUACCCAAAAGCACAAAUACAUAUAUUAGAUAUCCAAACAAGAAAAAAAACCAAUGACACCUGCCAAUUAGCCAGCUGUUAUACAUGUAUCUAGAGUACAUUUUGUUUUUUUUGGUUUCAAGUUUCUCCCUUCGUUGGCUUUUGUUCGACUUUUCUUUUCCAUUUUUCUUUUUCCGUCUCUUUGGUUCGCAACAAUUUAAAUAAAUGUUUUUCCAAAGCAUAUCCAAUGCGUUUUUCUUUGCUUU